AUGCUUGAAGAUCUUGUAGUAAGCCUCUUUCCCUUUCCUGGGAUUAAAAAUAGAAUUUUCAUGGACUAUGAAGGGCAGAAAUUGGCUGAAUUUGUCAUGCAAGCAAUCAUAUUAAUCUUUGCGGGCAUCGGACUCCUUUUUGGUUACUACUAUGAUACCUUUCGUGUAACCAUGAUGGUUUAUGGCGCUGGAGUUGCACUUGCUACAAUUGUUACGGUGCCGCCAUGGCCUAUUUAUCGAUCUCAUCCGUUACGCUGGCAAACACCUAAGGUAUCUACAGAUAUUAAAUCACCGAAAGAGAAAAAAAGCAAAUCCAAAGGAAGAAAAUAG